AGAAUUAAUUGCAUAGUAAAAUUUCGAUUUUCUUUUUGUCAAAUGGCUAACUGCAUGUUAUCUGAAAGUAGUAGCUCAAUUGUCUGUUCUGAACAUGGCCAGCUGUUUGGUGAACGUUUGCAAGCACUGUAUAAUAGCGGGCAGCUGGUGGACGUCAUUGUGAUUGCUGGCCGUUACCAGGUGUCAGCCCAUCGAACUGUUCUGGCUGCAGCCAGCCCUGUUUUACUUGCCCACCUGCAACAUUAUUCAAAUGCUCAUUUUCAGCAAUUGCAACUAGACACAAUCACAGAAGGAUGCACUUCAGAAGAUUUGCAUGCACUUCUAGAUUUUAUUUAUUGUGGCAAAGCUACAAUACCCCAAUACAGGCUCUCUGAGUUUCUUAGAAUUGCAAAGCAGCUUCAAUUAGUUGGUGUUCAUGAGGCUUCAAUACUCUCAUCACUCAACAGCAAUAUCAGGAAUGGAUGCAAUGUGAUACCUCAAAGAACCAUUCCUGCUCAAAGACCUCUGCACGUGCGUUCUUUGUCUGAUCAACCACCUUUAGCAACUGCUGAAUUCCAAAGCCUCAUCACUCAGUUUCCCAUGCCAGUGCCCAUGCCCAUGCCAUCUAAUUUCAUUCCUGAUCCAUCAUCCUCCAUUCCACCUGCUUCUCAAAUUCCUCUUGAUUCUGAAAUAACAACCCAGGAAGACUUCCACAUCAACAAUAAUUUGCUGCAAGAUAAUUCUGGUCAAGCUUUGCACUCAUCUAAGUACAGGCAAUCACUAAGAGAUGAACCUGUGAAGUUUGGGGAAUCAAUUAAAGUGGACCACAUGAACUGGAGGAGCUUGCCUUGCUCUCUGUCCACCACAACAUUCAGUGAUCUGUGCACUGCAGAUCCUGAUCUUAGUAUGCUUAUCCUUGGUGAUGGCAGAUCCCUGAACCCCUCACUGAGACCAGUGUUUGCUGAUUCCAACGAUGGUCUUCUGUCAUCGCAAGAUGCAUCAUUCCCUAAAGAUUAUUCACAAAGCACCCUCAAGCUUGUUCCUAACUCGCUCUGUAAUGCAGAACUUGGCAUGCCUAGUUGUGAGAUGUUCUCUGAACAGCAGCAAGGCCUCACCCCCAUUUCCUGUGCUGUUGUGGCCAGUGUUUGUUCCUCAACUGGCUCUAUAAUUCACCAGCCUUCUGAUACAUUCGCAUCUCAUGCUCAAGGGGACUCGCUUGGUCAUCAGCCCUUCUCUGGUGUAAAUGGAAACACUGUGGCCUGUCCCAUCCCAUUAUAUGGCACUGAAGAAGUCACAGGUGUUCAAGAUACAAACAUGAUUCACUCAACUGAUGGCCAGCCUCUACAUCUUUAUCAUCACCCGCAGCAUGAGCCUCAGCUCACUCUGCCUUCCAAUGCCAUCGCAGUCAAUGCCAUGCAGAUGGAAUCAUCAUCUGUGCUAACAUCCUGCGCUUCUGGUGGCUAUGAAGAGAACUUGGUCUAUAAUACUGGCAACAGCAUUUGGCCAUUCCUGGCAGGGCCAGCGACUGAAUCAUCCUCUGAGUCUGUGCAGGGCCAACUAACUAUUCAGAAGCAGCCCCACAUUUGGUGCAUGCCUGAUGAAACAAGCUUGCCUGAGUUACGCGACUACUCACAUCCAAGUGAGAGUCCCAGCUGGGCUGGCGGGGGGAGGCUUAAAGUCAAGUCCAGCAUUGGUGGUGUCUCACUUCAAGAUCUGUCAUCAGCCAAUGUCUCAGAGAAGAGCUUACUGAAUUUGCGUCAGACUCCCGAGGAUGACCUUCCACAAACGUCCUCAGCAUUGCAAGUGAAUUCGUCCACAGCUUCGGAUCUCACCAGCAACAAAUCUCCCAGUGACGGUCAAGUCUCAAAGUCCUCCAAGAAAACAAACAGCAAAACAAGUCGAGGCAAGCUGGCUGUUCGAACGGACAUCAAGAACGUUAAUUACGACACCCCUUGUAAUGAGGAUAUAUCCUUGCCAAAGAAUCGGUCACCUUGCCCGAAAAUUUCGGGAAAAACUGCCAGUAUUAGAGUUGUCUCUGGAAAAGAGCUGCUGGAUGCUAGACACGUGAGAGACGAUCCGCCUAAUCCUCCUGUAUCUGCAUUCAGUAAAGUGUCGGUGGUUCCCGAACAACAGCUGCUGGAGACCAGCCAUUGUGGUUUAGCUGGCCCCACCAUCACGCUUCAGGAGAUGGCGUACGGAGAGGAAGGGCAUCCAUCUCUGAGAGGCGAUGAUGUUGUUAAAAUAAAACUUCCAAAGCCACCUUCCCAGGCUGACCAGCUUGACCAUUUACGAGAAGCAACCGUCAGCCACUUCGAUACAGCACAAUCGACAUCAAAUUAUCUCAGUAUUUCAACAUUGUCAAGUAAUGCUUUGCUGGAAACUAAUGAAACUGUGCAAGUUAAUCCUGAUGAACUAAUGAUCGACGCCGGAUCUAUGACUGCUGACGAAUCUGAGGACAUUCUAGUCGUGCAGGAGAAUUCAAAUGAAUACCAAUUACCUAAUAAUACCAGCCUAGACUCCCUGGAUGUCCAAGUUAUAGAUCAGACUGACACCUAUCACGUGGAUGAAGAAGAAUCUGGAGACCCUCCACGGAAUCUUCAAAUACUUUUUACAUCUUCUCACCAGCCUAGUUUGUACCCUCAACCUUUCUCGUAUUGCUCGGCGCUUGUGGAUGAGUCUCUAGAUGAACCAUCAGCCGAAACUGUCUCCGAAAUCACGCCCAUCAAAGAUACAGCUAAAACGCAGUGGGCAACACUGCACAAAAAACAGAACCUGGGUAAGGACUCUGAAUUAGAUUUCCUGCAAGAAUCGUCUAACAGCAUGGAGACAAAUGAACUUAAAGUGAAAAAAUGCCUUUUCGCAUCAAGGUCCCAAACUCCAGCACUAGAGGACGACACGAUUGAUGUAACCGAUAGUUCAGGUUGUGGGAUGCAAUAUCCUGUACUUGUACCAGUAUCUCCUUCCAUAGCUUCCGUCCCUCCUUCACCCACACGUCUUUCCUCCUCGAAUGCUAUCGAAGACGUUGUGUUCACGUCAUCCCUACGACCCAACGAAAUUUCAGUUUCUGCCUCUCCGUGUCCAGUAAUUCAUGUCGACGAAACGGAGCUACCAACUGGUCAAGGCAUCCCCAAGUCUCAGUGUGAUUUCGGAGAUUCAUUGCACCUUAAACAUAGUUUCACUCCCGAACCAAGGCCAGAUUCGGAGCCCAUUUGUUUGUCGGUUGAGACGCAAAUGGAAAGUGCGAUUGACAUUGUAAGCACAGCCGACGAGGCAACGAUUCUACCUCCCAACACGAGCGGCACUUGGCGGGAAUCGUUGGGUAAAAGUGCUUCCUGGAAACUAGUUCCUGAUUCUGUUGGGGAUUCUCAAUCUAACGCUGGAGACGAUUUCAAUUCCUCUGAUGUUCAAAUAGAAGAGAGAAAUAUAAUUCCAGAAGACCUAACUACUGACUCACCUGCAACGUGCCGUACUAUUGGAGAAAACAGAAAUAAUAUCUCUUCUGAAGUAACCAAUGAAGUAUUUUCUGAACUAUCCCCUAAAUAUUCAACCGCUGAAGCUACUGAUACAAAUUCGUUGAGGAUCGCAGACGCGCCAUCAGAGACGGUAAUGUCUCUUCCAACCUCACCUCAGACACAUACAGUUCCUCAUGAUGAUGAUGUUUUGAAAGCGUGUCAAAGCUCUUCUCAUUCGUCUCCGGAACUUCACGCCGCAACCAAUUUAAGACAGAAAAGCCAGAAUUAUGGGCUCGACCAAUCAACAUCUUUAGAUUCAAUCCCUGCUUGCUCCGAUAGUUUGUCUGCAAGUUCAACUUCUGAAAUGUCAAACGUUAUUCCAUUUUCGGAAGUUGGAGUUUCCGGCUCAGAGACUUGUGGUAGUCAAGAUGAAGUUUCUGCCAGGAGUGACAGGAAGAGAUCUAUAUCCGUAAAAUCUGGAGCCACUACAGCUCCCACCGCCGUGGAGAAUAGAAGAAAAGCGAAGGAACCCGAAGUGGCAGACAUUGCUACCAGUACUCCAGAAUGGAAAUGUACCAAGUGCCCUGAGAUUGUUCACAGUCAGGCGGAGUUACUGCAGCACGCGAAGCAGCACUUCUCUGAAGCCUGGCCGCACUGCUGCCUCUGUCAGAAGAAGCUGAAGAACAAGUCCACUCUCAGGAUACACGUCAUCACGCACGUUGUUGCUGCGCAUGCCAGUGUUGCUCAAGCUCAUAAGUGCCCUGCGUGUGGCGCGGUUUACUCGCAGCGCAACAACCUGGUCCGGCACCUCGCGGCGCGCCACAACCUGUCCCCCACCGGCACGGCGCUCACGGCGGUCUACACGUGCCCGCACUGCCCCUUCACGUGCCUGGCGCUGCACAAAUACAAAGCUCAUAAACGAUCACAUGACCUGGAAAAAGCGCACAAGUGUCCGCAUUGCCCGUACAAAAGCGCCGUCAAGAACGCGCUUGUCAAACACAUCCGAAUUCACACGAAAGAGCGGCCCUAUGUGUGUGAUAUUUGUGAUUUCGACGCGGUGACGGCGAGUAUCCUGUCGCGCCACAAGCGUAGCCACUCCGGCGUGAAGCCUCACAGCUGUUCCAUCUGCCACCGCCAGUUCGCUGACAGCAAGCGACUAAGAGACCAUCUUCUGAUGCACGACAACGUCAAGCCGUUCAUGUGUCAUGUGUGCGGCUUUGCCUGCAGAAGGAAGGACAAUCUUCAGAGUCACAUCCGAAACCUGCACGACAAUGAUAAGACUUCCGCCAAGAAAGCGAACAAGAACACGAGACUACUCACUACGGGCUCGCCGAAGAGAAAACGGGCUCGGAAUAAAAAUGUAUCCGACAGCAAUGACGUAAGUAUCUUUUAUUAGAAAAGUCGAAAUUACUUCGGGAAAAAAGUAUAGGUAAAAUCUAUUUUGACGGAUUCGUAAUAAUAAACUUUCAUUUCGAUAACUACUGUAUAAAAACACUAUCUAAUUUUUUCACAUCAAUCUAAGAAAAUGUAUCCAAUGAUGUUAGUAUAUUUGCAAAGGUAAUAGUACCAGUGAAGUUAGUGUUCAUAAUCUAGCAUGAAUUCAUCAUUGCUACGAUGUGUACGGCAAGCUAUAUAUCAUUGUCCCUUUCGUACGUCUGGCGCAUGG